AAAAGUUCAUCUAUGGAGAAUGAUGAUCUUUACAGAAAAAAACUGUUGUCUUUUUAUUUAUCUAAUUAAUGAAUUGAAUAAUAAUAUGCUCAUAAGUUUAUUACCUGUGGUUUGGACUUUACCUUAUAUGGGUCAGUAUUCCCGCGGCGAAAGCUCACCGCUACACAUGCUUAGACCAGAUGGCUUUGGUCGAAGAAACUAGUGUAGUUCCUAGAAACGUUUUACACCUAGUGGUAUUUGAACAUUGGACCUCAUACGUGUGUGGGUUAUCCUCCCCUCGAUCUGCUUAACAUUAUCAUACCAUUCUAUACUUCACUUUUAAUGAUAGUUUGUUUGCAUUGACUCUUCAAUUUCCUUUUUCUUAUGUUGUUCGUUAAUGUUUUAUGUACAAAGUGGAGCAACACUAGACUACUAAUAAUGUGUAUUGUAAACCAAACGAGUUGCUUUGCUUAUGAACAUAUGCAUGCCAAAAUAGAAAACAUUUAAUGGACCAUGAGUUUAGAAUACUAGUUUUUUUAAUAUGUAGAUCUCAUGGGAUCUGGUGACAAGAAGUCAGCUGCUAAGCAUUCCAAACCCACUUUAACUCAGGAAGCACAUCCACCUUCAUAUGCUGAUUGGUCAAGCUCAAUGCAGGCCUAUCAUGGUGUUGGAGCUACUCCGCCAUUCUUUUCCUCAACUCCUCAUCCAUAUAUGUGGGGAGGCCAGCAUCCUAUGAUGCCACCAUAUGGGACACAAAUUCCGUAUCCUGGCCUAUAUUCUCCCCCAGGAGUUUAUACUCAUCCUGGCAUGCCUAUGACUCCAAGCAUAACACCGUCAUUUGCAGAAAUGGAACCAAAGCCCCGUGAUGGGAGGAAAAAGCCUCUAAACAAAAAGUCCAAGAGUACUUUGGGAAAUGCGAAUGGCGUUGGUGUUAGGGGUGGAGAUUUUGGGAAGACCGCAUCGAGUUCAGGGAAUGACGGUACCACCACCCAAAGUGCUGAGAGUGAAAAUGAUGGUUCUACAGAUGCCAAUGCACCGAAUGACUUUUCUGGGAACCCUUCAGUUUAUAUGCCUGCUAGCAAUCUAAAUACAGUGAUAGACUUGUGGAAUCCCUCUGCAGGAAGUUUAGUUUUAGAAACACAACCAAACCCAUCUAGCGCUUCUCAGAUAAUGGUUCCAACACCAAUGAUGCCUGAUCAGUGGGCUCAGCAGGAUGAGCGGGAACUGAAGAGACAGAGGAGGAAGCAAUCUAAUCGAGAGUCGGCUAGGAAAUCAAGACUGCGCAAACAGGCCGAGUGUGAAGAGCUACAUGCAAGUGUUCAGGUACUAAGCGAUGAAAAUAACUCGCUCAAAGAUGAACUGCAGAGGCUUUUAGAGGGAUGCAAGAAGCUUAAAUCUGAAAACAAUUCUAUAAAGGAUAAGUUAAGCAAUUCUAGCGAACCCAUAGCAGAGUCGAAACUUGAUGGACAUCUUCAAUCUUGGGCAGAUGAAGAUAUCAAUUAAGAUAUAGUGAUCAGGCUGUCUAGUUUGCUAAAAAUUACAACUUUUAGGACACAAAUCUUUUGGCCAUAUUCAGGUAAAAACUGACUGUAGGAUUGAUUUUUGGAACUCAGAUAUUGUGAACCUCACUUACCUCAUGAGGCCAUGAACCCCAUUUUUUGAGGGUAAUGGUAAUAUUUUUAUCAGAAUUCAGAAGCUUAAGUGUCUUUUGACUGUUA